GUUCCGUAACAGCGUGAGACAGAACGCCUGUGUAGAGAUGCUGCGUGGAGGGUUCCACAGGUCAUUCUCUGAACUAUUCUCUCUGCUGCAGCGCUGGAAGGAGAUCAGGUUAGCAGCAGGUCCUGGAUCAGCUAUCUGGCAGCAUAAAUCACUGGAGGAGCAGCCAGCCAAACUACACACCCUACGACACUACCUGACUAAGGCUGAGACAGCUCUCAGAGCAGGUGCGUGGAGUGCCGUGUACGACCAGCAGGUGUUUUUGGCCCAGUACUUCGCAGAGCCAGAGGACAGGUGGUUGUCCUGCCACUUCUACCAGACCAGCCUGAACUCGGCCCGCAGGGUCAAGAUAGAUGGAGGGAGGAAGGAGGCUGAGGCUUUAGCUAACAUGGGACAAGUCUACAUGGAGCAAGGUCAGUUAGACAGUGCCAGGGAGCAGUAUGAGUGUUUCUACAAGCUGACAGCAGGGCGGGCAUGGCGCAGCGAGGGGGGCAGGUCUCUCCACUGCCAGGCCUGUGAGGGUCUCUGGAGGGUGUACACCCAGCUGGCAGACAGACCACUACAGGCUAACGACUACAGAGCUGCUAUAGACAUGCUGAGCAAGGCCUUCCAGAUGGCCAAGGAAGCUGGAGACCAUAGAAUCGAGGGGGAGGCGGCCUACCGUGUGGGUCUGGCCUAUCAGUGUGUUGGCGACCAGGUGACAGCCAAGCGCUUUCUGAACAUGUACAUGGAGAUGUCAACAGCCCUGGGGGACGCAGGAGGACUGGGGAAGGCCUAUAAAGCCAUAGCCAAGUCACUGGAGAGUGAGGGGAAGCUGAGUGAGACGGUCCAGUAUCUGGAGAAGUUUGCAGAGGUUUCCCAGGGCAACAACCAAUACCACAACCUAGAGGAAGCAUGCAUGUGUCUAGGAGUCAUCUUCAACUCUAGAGGUCAGUACGAAAGAGGCUGUACGUACUUUGAACGGGGGUACGAGAUCGCCCGUGACCUGGAGGAGGUCCCCCUGCUCCAGAGGGCUCAG